AAUGUGCAGGUUCCCUUCUCUCCCCAGAACAUGCUCAACAGACGCUCGUUUAGUGAUGUGCUGCCGGAGUCGCCCAAGUCUGCCCGCAAGAAGGAAGAGGCACGACAGGCCGAGUUUGUCAGGAUAGGACAGGCACUAAAGCUGAAGACCAUCGUCAGAGGAGACGCCCCAACCAGUCUGGUCACUACAGGCCUGUGUAGAAAAGAGCCGUGGGAGUCCCAGUCUUUCUGCAGUACGUUUCCCUAUGAGACGGUGUGUGCUGACUCCUGGGGUCAGUCUCUGCUGGUCGCCACGGAAGCAGCAGGGGUCAUGAUGAUAGAUGCUGUUGAUCCACUUCUUUCAAACCCAGAUGCCCAGGUCCUGCCCCCAGUGCAGGUGUUUGAUAAGACUAUGGUGGUGAAACAGAUACACGUCGUUGAGCCUCAGGACCUCCUCAUCACCAGGGCUGACAAAG